AUAGUAACAUGAUAGGGUGGGCGUUAUUUAUUUCGUUCUUCGUUACUGUCUGCAAGUCUGAUGAAAUCAUCGAUUUGGACGGCAAUAACUGGUUCCUGAGAGAUGGAUCCGGAGAAUUCAAAAAUCUUAGGGCUGUGGUACCCGGCGGUGUAUACAGCGACCUGAUGAGGCACGAAAUAAUAGAAGACAUUUUCAAGGGCUACAAUGAUAACGCAACUAAAUGGGUACCCAGGCGAAAUUGGACCUAUUCCACUACAUUCAAUGUGAAACAAGAUGUUUUAAAUAGCGACAACGUUAACAUCGUAUUUGAAGGCUUAGACACCUUUGCUCGAGUUGUGGUAAACGGCAAAGAUGUUGGAGGAAGCAACAAUAUGUUCGUGCAAUACAUCAUGAGCAUUAAAGACGUGUUAAAAGUUGGAAGUAACUCGUUGGAAGUACAAUUUCGUUCACCCAUUGAAGUGGCGGCUGCUUUAGAGGAAGAGCAGGACAAGCAGUACGUCGUACCUCCAAAAUGCCCCCCAGGCGAAUACAGAGGCGAGUGUUAUGCCAAUAUGAUCAGGAAAAUGCAGGCUUCAUUUUCUUGGGAUUGGGGUCCAGCUUUUCCUUCCGUCGGAAUUUGGAAAAAAGUUUACAUUGAAAGCUACCAGGAAUCGAAAAUCAGGUACAUAGGAACAGAAAUUACGGAUGACCAAACCAAUUGGUACUUAAAUGUAGAUAUUUAUUUGGCAAAUAACGCAAAAGGAGCAGUGAACGGUGCUGUUAAAAUAGAUAUAAACGGACUUACCAAUACUGUAAACGUCCAGGCGAAGCCAGAUAAUAAUGGAGAAAUUAAAGCAAAUUCUAUUUUUACAGUACCAAAGACUACAGUCGAAACCUGGUGGCCAAAUGGUUAUGGAAAACAAACGCUGUACAAAUUACAAGCCACUUUUACUAACAAUCAGGGCGAAACGAAUUCCAAAACUGUUAGAGUCGGUUUUAGAUCAAUAGAGCUAGUACAAGAACAACUUGGUAGCGGCUUGUCGUUUUAUUUCAAAGUAAACGGGGUUCCCAUCUUUAUGAAAGGCUCCAACGAAAUCCCCUUGAGCAUCCUGCCCGAAAAAGGUCACCAUCGAAGUCUGAUUGAAACCAUGUUAAACACGGCCCAAGAAAAUCACAUGAAUAUGUUGCGAGUUUGGGGCGGAGGUGUCUACGAAUCCGACUAUUUCUACGAUUUGGCUGACGAAAAAGGCAUUCUCAUUUGGCAAGAUUUUAUGUUCGCUUGUGCCAUGUAUCCCACCGGAAGCGAUUAUUUGCUUAACGUUGUACAAGAAAUAAGACACCAAGUAAACAGAUUGCGCAGUCAUCCCAGUAUAGCAUUGUUUGCUGGUAACAACGAAAACGAAGGUGCUUUACGUGAUAAUUGGUACGGUACUCAAGAUAACUUCCAGACUUACUAUAACGAUUACAUUAAACUCUACAUAAACACCGUGCAAACCGAGCUGAAGGAGCGUAUCAGCCCGAACAGGAUAUUCUUGAGUUCCAGUCCAUCUAAUGGGUUGAAGACUAUCAACGAAGGUUACGUCUCGCAAAAUCCAGGAGAUUAUAACUAUGGAGAUGUGCAUUUCUACAACUACGAAAACGAUCCUUGGAACUCCAAUAUUUACCCAGUAUGCAGGUUUGCUUCGGAAUACGGUUAUCAAUCCCUACCAAGCCUCAGCUCUUGGAGAAAGGUGACUAACGACCCCGAAGACUUAAACAUCAACGGUCGAUUCAUGGAGCACAGGCAGCACCAUCCCGAAGGCACCUCCCAGUUGAAGAAUAUGAUUGAAAUGAAUUUGAAAUUGCCUGACGAAACUAGUGCCGAUUACACCAAGUCGUUCGUAUAUUUAUCGCAGGUGGUGCAAGCUCUAGCUAUCAGAAUCGAAACGGAACACUACCGUCGCUACAGGAGUAAUUUGAACAGUGCCGGACAAGGGCAUACAAUGGGCGCGUUGUACUGGCAACUUAACGACGUUUGGGUGGCUCCUACAUGGUCUGGCAUCGACUUCCUUGGCAAUCAAAAGAUGCUGCAAUAUUUCGUUAAAGACGCUUUUGCGCCUGUUAUCAUAACCGGGCACAUCAAUGACCAGAGAACGCUCGAAAUAUACGUUGUGUCCGAUCGCCUUGAGACCAUUCCGAAUGUUACGGCGUCCAUACAAGUAUUUAAAUGGGAUUCAUUUAACCCGGUACAUACGGAAAACAUAACUUUGGAUGUGUCGCCAUCUGAAUCGAAACUCAUAAAAUCGAUUGAGACAGACGAAUUUUUGGCCGAACAAAAUUGCGGAAGCAAGGACGACGCCAAGAACAAUUGUUUCUUCUAUUUUACCCUUAAUGCUCCUGGACAUGACCAAGUUGCUCCGGUUAACUACGUUUUCCCAGCUCCGCUGAAAAAUUCCAAUUUGAAGAGACCGACUGUGGUGUUAAAAUCGGUGACUCAGGUGGAUACGAAACCAUUCAAAUAUUACGUAAAAAUAGGGACUGACGUUGUUACUCCGUUUGUUUGGCUCGAAUCGAGUAUCCAGGGAAGAUUUGAGAACAACGGACUUUUGUUAACGAGUCCAGCUACAUGUUUCGAGUACACUGCUACAACGGACGACAUAGAUAUUCAUUUCAUUAACAGUGUUACUAUUACACAUUUAUAAAGUGGUAAAGUAGUAAAAUAUAUUGUUAGUUACGAAAUAAAAAUUGAAUAAUGUAUGAGAAAAAAAAAUAUUCAAAAAUAAAUAAUCUAG